AUGGGCAACCUAGGUGGCCUGUCGCCGCAAGGCAGCGUCGCGAUCGGCAUUCUCGUCGGGCUUGUCUCGACCAGCUUACAGGCCAUCGGGCUCACGCUCCAGCGCAAAUCUCACCUCCUCGAAGACGAGAAGCACCCGUACGAUGUGCGCCGCCCUCCCUACAAGCGCCGGCGAUGGCAGCUGGGCAUGGGUAUGUUUGUGAUAUCCAAUAUCGUGGGCAGCACUAUUCAGAUCACCACGCUCCCACUCCCGGUUCUCUCUACACUCCAGGCAUCCGGACUGGUGUUUAAUACGAUCUUUGCGACUCUCAUCCUCGGCGAGCCCUUCACUCGAUAUUCCUUCGCUGGCACCUUCCUUGUUUGCAUCGGCGCGAUAUUGAUCGCAACUUUCGGCGCCAUCGGAGAACCGGCCCAUACCUUGAACCAGCUUUUGGUGCUUCUACAGCAACGGCCCUUUCUGAUCUGGAUGGGAGGAACGGGUUUACUAGUGGUAUCUAUUCUGGUUGGAUCAAAGCUGUUGAAACACUGUCUACCGGGGUCGCGAAUGAAACCUGCACCGACGGGCCAUUUUGCACCGCAUCUGCAGCGGCUACACAGUCGGAUUAGGCUGUUCCGGGGCAUGUGCUAUGGAGCUGUCAGUGGUAUCUUGUCAGCCCACUCGCUGCUGCUGGCCAAGUCCGCGGUGGAGCUGCUAGUGCGCACACUGGUCGAUGGAAAAAACCAGUUCAACCGGUGGCAGUCAUGGGUGAUCCUGCUGGCCAUGAUCUCCCUGGCCCUGACACAGUUAUUCUACUUGCAUCGUGGACUGAAACUUUGCAGUACCAGUAUCUUGUAUCCGUUUGUGUUUUGCAUCUACAACAUCAUUGCCAUUCUUGAUGGCCUGAUCUAUUUUCGUCAAACGUCUCAGCUUACAGGGCUUCAUGCGGGACUCAUCGCCUUGGGGACAAUUAUUCUGCUGGGCGGCGUUCUAUGCCUGUCCUGGCGUCUAGAGGAUAUCGACAGUCAUGCUGCUGUUACCACCGUUGGUACCACGCAGACCGGACUUGGCCCAGGCAUGGCGGUCGUCGAGGAGCACUCACCAGCGUCCGCCGAGCUGAUGGAUGGUAUGGAUGACGAAGAGUCACAGAUUGGAGAACGAGAGCCUCUCCUUGGCACGAUCCGGCCUCGACACUUUACCACGUAUCAACGCGGCCGAGCUCCCAGUCUUCCGCUUAUUGGACCGGGUGACCGUUGCGGAGCUGCAGACCUGAACGCCGCGUCGAUCUGGGCUGAGCUUGACGACUCCGACUAUGACUUCUCCGAUCCGCAAAUGCGCUCUGCCAGCAAACGGCCUCGCAGUUCAAGUAGCGGUGCAGCCCUUCACGGCUCAAUUCGCGGCCUUGCGCGCCACUCGACCAUUGGAUCGAUGCCGUAUCAUCCUACACGAGGAUCUCGUCGCCUUCCGCCGAUACAAACCGGCGCGUGGAGACGCUCAACAACACCACUGGCAGGGCUUAAGGGCUCACAACGCAGACGAAAGAGCUUGUGGGGCUUCUCUGCCUCACCGGACACGCAGGACAUUCCUGCGUACGGAACCAUCCAAGAAGAUCAUGGCGACCGUGGGAAUGAGAGUGGCGAAACCAUUCGUGCCCGGAACCCAAUAUUAGGACUUUUCGCUGGAUCGAGAAGGACGCUCUUCGGCGCUUGGCAACACGGACGACGGUAUCUAUCUCGAUGGGCCAGCCCGCGGGCGGGCAAUCAAGCCGACCGCGAUGUAAACGAAGGAUCCUCUUCGCCUUUAUUACCGCGCGCCGAGGUCCGCCUACCUCCGACACGAAAUAUACCAGAGUAA